AUGAGCGACGCAGCCGCCUACCAAUAUGCGCAACUCGCCGCCUCCUUUGGCUUAGAUCUCCUACCACAGACUACCACCAAUGAGCAGCUAUACGGUCAGGCGUAUGUGAAGCAGGAGGGUAAUGGCAAUGAGAGCAGCAGUGGCGAUGAUCGCACUCAGCACCCAACGGGCGAUGGCGCUGAACGUGCGGCGAAACGGACUGCGCUCGGUGAUGCUGCUACGACAGAUACUACAACAACUGCGUCAGAGAAGAAGAAGCCAGGGAGAAAGCCCAUUACAGAUCAACCCACCACCAAACGAAAAGCACAGAAUCGUGCUGCUCAGCGUGCCUUUAGGGAGCGCAAGGAGAAUCACGUCAAGCAGCUCGAAGACCGUAUCGCAGAGUUGGAGCAAACAACCUCGACGCAGCAGCAGGAAAACUCAUACUUGAAGCAGCAGCUGCAACGGUUCAGGCAGGAUGGUGCAUCGCAUCGUUCGGUAGAGGCUUCACCCUUGCAGCAGACGUUUGAUCCUGUGCAAUCACGGCCAUUCACGUUCAACAUGGCAGCCUAUCCCUCACCUGCAUCAAACACCCGUCGCGAGUCGACAAACUCACAAGCACACGAAUCACCGCGUGAUUGUCCGGGUCUCUCACCUGGUGUCUCUAGCACAGGCACCUCCCCUCAAACUGUUUCUGAGACGGACUUUUUCAAUCCUGCCGCCAUGCCACUUUUCGAUCGAGACCCCUUGUUGGCACCACGGGAGCCUGCCGUCUUGCCUGUCAUGAUGGCAGCAUCGCCAGAAUUGUCCUUUGGCAAUCUAGCAACGAGUGCUGAUUUGGGAUUCUUUAAUGGGCAGCAGCAACCACAGAAAGCCCCGUCUGAGGAACCGAUGCUCUUUACCGACAAGCACUCCUUUGCACCGUCUGCCAUGGCGUACCGCGGUGGCGAGGAUUCCUUUGAUGCGCUCGACUUGUUUGAUGACCAACUCUUGUUUGGCGCAACAGGCGACGUCAACCAUUCAGCAGACUUGUUCAAUGGCCUUGACGACUUGCCGGACGUGGCUCCCGCUACGGAUGUGGCAGCGCAGGAAGGGGGUGUGCUCACUUGCCCGGAAGCCUGGAGCAAGAUUGUCUCGCACCCAAAGUUCGAGUCCUUUGAUCUCGACCAGCUCUGUGCGGAUAUGCGCUCCAAGGCUGUAUGUUCAGCGAGCAAGACACAACUUCAUGCGCAGGAUGCUGAAUCAUCGCUGGAUCUCUACCAGAAACGGAUGGCAUUGCUGGACGGUGCUCUCGAAGCGCAUGCCAAUCGUUCGCUAUAA